AGCCCGAUAGGGCCCAACAAGCCCACGCAGCCUCCUUCUUCGUCUACACCUUCCCCGCUCGGCCCGCACAGCACAAGACACCACACCCGUCGUCUGCCUCGCCGCCUCCCCUCUCCCCCCCACGCCGGAGCCAUGUCAGUGACGCUGCACACGAACCUGGGCGACAUCAAGUGCGAGGUGUUCUGCGACCAGGUGCCCCGCACGGCGGAGAACUUCCUGGCCCUCUGCGCCAGCGGCUACUACGACGGCACCGUCUUCCACCGCAACAUCAAGGGCUUCAUGAUCCAGGGCGGCGACCCCACCGGCACCGGCAAGGGCGGCACCUCCAUCUGGGGCACCAAGUUCGCCGACGAGUUCAGGGAGUCCCUCAAGCACAACGCGAGGGGGAUCAUGUCGAUGGCCAACAGCGGGCCCAACACCAACGGCAGCCAGUUCUUCAUCACCUACGCCAAGCAGCCGCACCUCAACGGCCACUACACCGUCUUCGCCAAGGUCAUCCACGGCUUCGAGGUCCUCGACCUCAUGGAGAAGGCGCAGACCGGCCCAGGGGACAGGCCGCUCGCAGAGAUCAGGCUCAACCGCGUCACCAUCCACGCAAACCCACUCGCCGGAUGAUCCAUCACCAGGACCCGUGGUUGCAGCUUGAAUCUUCUGCUACUGCGAGCACAUCGUAUCGCAAUGGUGGAUGUAACGGAUUUGCGAAGCAAUUUCUUGCCCACCCUGAAUUGUGAAUUGUGAUGUGUGCUGUAAUAUCACAGGACGAAUCAGCAAAAUCUGCAGCGCCUAAUGCUGAUAAUGUUAUGACCUGUAGGGUUCUCCCCUGACAUGAUUAUUGGUUGGUAGCCGUUUAUGCUGCCAGAGGAAAUCGAAUGGAGCCAUGGCCUGAAUGUUAUGGCAAGACAUAAGUUGGUGUCUGUAGUGACAGUCCAAAUAUUUGCUUGGUUCUUUCUGUCCAAA